AUGGAGACCCGACGACGAAUGGUCCAGCCAGUAAGCAGUCGACAGUGGCAGAUUGCCAAAAUCGCGCUGCAGUCUACCUCGGUCGUGUUUUGCAUUAUAGUCAUUGGGGUCAGUGUUGGAAAGACGUGGGAAGGCGAUUACGGCGUGGGAAUACUGACGGUACCUGUCACCGCUGCGACGGCGGGCUGGACGAUCGCCGAGCUUGUGACUCUUUUUAUCCGGAAGCGGAGAGGCUCACCAGGUCGUGGAAUUCACCCCGGCGCCCACGUCGGCGUGCAGCUUAUCAUAUUCCUGGCGAUGAUCUAUGUGCUGUUCUAUUCGUGUAUGCUGUGGAGGAGUGUCCAGAACAGCAUUGUACGGUGCAACGAAUGGGAACGUGAUCCUAACGAUCCGGACUGGGUCAUCGAGAAUUACUCCGAAACCGACUGGCGUGGGAAUUCUAUCUACACCAUGUCGUAUUACUGUCCGGAGAGGAACCGCAUUCUCGUCAAUAGCAAGUCGUUUCAGUCAGCCGUACAGGCUCUUAUUGCGUUCUGUGGUCUAUUAUGGGCUAUACACUUCAGUCUUUUCGUUCGGGCAUGCGUCGAAACGCAACGACGAAAUAGGAUCCGUCCUGCUGCAGUGGUAUACCCGCCGGCGAGCUCCGAAGCAAGACUCUAUACCUUCUCUCAGGAGACCAAAGACCACCUACGAAAGUUCCGCUUAACUACAUCAAGAGCCAGUGGGCCGCAAGCUGUGAUCUAUUACAUCGACAAGAAGACGUAUGAAAUUAAGCAAGAUGAAGAUAAGGUAGUAUACAAGUCUCUCGACGAAAUUGCCGACGACUUGCCUGAUAAUUCACCGCGCUAUAUUCUUCUAAGCUAUCCUUUGACUCUGCCAUCCGGCCGCAUGUCUGUACCCUACGUCCUCCUGUAUUACCUACCGAAUACAUGUAAUUCGGAGAGUCGCAUGAUGUAUGCCGGCGCGAAGGAGCUCUUGAGGAAUACGGCCGAGGUCGGCAAGGUAAUUGAUGUGGAGAGCCCAGAGGAUUUAGAAGAUAUCCCCAAUAAGUUGAGCACCGAAUAA